GUCGGGGGCCUGGUGGUGAGCGCGCAGGGCUUGGGCGUGGGGGUCUUCCUGGCCGCCUUCAUCCUCACCGCUGUGGCAGGCAACCUGCUGGUCAUCCUCUCGGUGGCCUGCAACCGCCACCUGCAGACGGUCACCAACUAUUUCAUUGUCAACCUGGCCGUGGCCGACCUGCUGCUGAGCGCUGCGGUGCUGCCCUUCUCGGCCACCAUGGAGGUGCUGGGCUUCUGGGCCUUCGGCCGCGCCUUCUGCGACGUGUGGGCCGCCGUGGACGUGCUGUGCUGCACGGCCUCCAUCCUCAGCCUCUGCACCAUCUCCGUGGACCGGUACGUGGGCGUGCGCCACUCACUCAAGUACCCGGCCAUCAUGACAGAGCGCAAGGCGGCCGCCAUCCUGGCGCUCCUCUGGGUCGUCGCCCUCGUGGUGUCCGUGGGGCCCCUGCUAGGCUGGAAGGAGCCGGUGCCCCCGGACGAGCGCUUCUGCGGCAUCACCGAGGAGGCGGGCUACGCUGUCUUCUCCUCCGUGUGCUCCUUCUACCUGCCCAUGGCCGUCAUCAUCAUUAUGUACUGCCGCGUGUACGUGGUCGCGCGCAGCACCACUCGCAGCCUCGAGGCUGGUGUCAAGCGCGAGCGGGGCAAGGCUUCGGAGGUGGUGCUGCGCAUCCACUGUCGCGGCGCGGGCGGCGGUGCAGGUGCGGACGGGGCGCGCAGUGCCAAGGGCCACAACUUCCGCAGCUCCCUCUCUGUGCGGCUGCUCAAGUUCUCCCGCGAGAAGAAGGCGGCCAAGACUCUGGCCAUCGUGGUGGGCGUCUUCGUGCUCUGCUGGUUCCCCUUCUUCUUCGUGCUGCCGCUGGGCUCCCUGUUCCCGCAGCUGAAGCCAUCCGAGGGCGUGUUCAAGGUCAUCUUCUGGCUUGGCUACUUCAACAGCUGCGUGAACCCGCUCAUCUACCCCUGCCUGCGGGCCAAGGUCUCCAGCCUGUCCCACAGGAUCCGCGCCGGGGGCGCGCCGCGCGCCGGGGACGCGCACGCCCUGCGCGCCGACGUGGAGGCCGUGUCCCUUGGCGUCCCCCACGACGUGGCCGAGGGUGCCCCCUACCAGGCCUAUGACUUGGCCGACUACAGCAACCUCCGGGAGACUGACAUUUGAGGACCCCUGAGCAAGGCAGGGGGAAAGUGACAUGACUUUGUCCUAGAGGCCUCUGUGGGCAGGGACCGGGAAACUGGAUAGGGUGGCAGUUUUGUGCCAUUCCUCCCAGGAGCUGGGGUGGGGCUUGGGCCCGGGCUCUUCCCUGGCGGAGAGUCCUGGGUGCCCCCACCCCGACACAAAGCCUCACUUUUAGAGGGACUGGGCACGGAGGGGGCUGUGGGCGGUCCAGGACAAUUACUGCCACGACCCCGCCUGCCUCUCCGCUUGGGGAGGACACGGAAGCCUGGCCUGGCUGUCCCUGUUGCCUCUGCUAUGGAGAGGGAACAGGUGGGGCCCAGCCUCCCCACUGGAUAUGUUUGCCCCUUCCACUGCCAACUGGAGGACCCAGGGGACUUGUCGCCACCAUCCACGAGCUUUGGUGGCGAAGUUGAGAUCAUCAUACAAGCCUGGUGUAUUUAACCCUGGGCUCACCUGCAAGACCCUCCACACACACCCCUACCAGGCUUGGCCUCUUCAUUUCCCUCCAGAGCCUUACUGUUUACAAUCUGUACAUAGCCCGUGGCUGCAGUGCCCACCACGUCUCGCUGGGAUCUGGAGUGGCCAAGUGGAGAGAGCUUUAUUUCUCCUCUUGAGACAUAUUUAUUGGUAAGAGUACUUCUAUUUUGUCCAAACUGUGUAAGCUGCCCCCUCUUUAGCCUACAGCCCAUAAAGAACUACUACCCACCCCACCCCCCACACACCCUAAAAUCCUUCCAGAACUACAGGAUAGAACCAGCCUCCAUUUUCUCCUUUUUAGGGUUGCUGGUCUCUUUAACGGAUUGCUGCUGCCUUUAGAGAUGGCUAACAUCGCCAGAGGACUGGGGUGGGGGUCCGUCGGCCUUCAAAAUGCACAUGACUCAUCUUGGGACCCAAAUAGCCAUCACAUGCACAACUGUCCACUUUGCUGGUCUCCUCAGAGGCAUCUGUGAUGCUCUGAAGGCCUCAAGGAGGAAGGUGGCCAUCCAUUAAAGGUAACAUGUGACUUUACAGGAAGAGAACACUGCCCCAUGGAGACAGGUGGCAGAAGGCCAACUUAGGAACUCUGCAUGCUGGCUGCAAAAAUGGCCAAGAUUUGGCCUAUGUCCAAGGGGUCUGAGGAAGUUCCGUCUUCAAACAAGUAGUAUGAUCCACAUCCAAGCAGUGUGGGGUCAGGGCUGUGGCCCUACAGACCUUUGGGGAGAGAGAAUCACUUGGGAAUACGUGGUGUAAGUUAUUCUGAAACAGGAAGCGGCAGCUACUGGGGUGAAGGUGGGGCAGUAUUGCGAGCCAACAGUUCGAUCCCUUACUGAGGUGGAGUGGGCAGUCUGAAAGGGAAUUACCAUAUUAGACCAUGCACUCCCCAUUUUACAAGGUUAAAAAGACAGCCAAUUCAGAGCUUAGGAGCAGAUAAUUUCACACUGGACAUUAAGGCCUAGCCUCUAUCACACACACACCGUAUACAAGAAGGAUACAAGUGCUGGAGACAUGCCACAGACUCCCACGAGACACUCCACUUUGAAGCACAUAGUCUGCCCUAAGGCUGGAGACACAGAACAGCUCUUGCUGUCUUCUCACAGUGGUGGGGAACCACAGGCUAAAUCAGAGGUCAGUAGGGAACAGACCCUAGAUCAAAGGAUUGAGCACACAGCCCCAUCCUUCAUGCCAAACCUGACCUGGGGUUUGGCAAGGUCAUGGAGCAGCACGGGCAGUGGCCAAGAUGGUUGAGCACAUAGAACGUCAACAGUGAGGCUGGGGAGGGAGCUUUCAUCAGGAGGACGUAGAGCCAGUGUGCCUGGAGGCAGGAGGGGCUGGCCGCCUGCCCAGGACUUUCUGUAGGUACAAUGGCCAGCAAAAGGCAUCUAAUGUCCCAGCCUCGGCUGCUGCUCCCUGUGCCCCUAGCUGCUGCCUCCUGUUUCCUCCACCCAAGAUGCUGAGCCUUCAGGAGACCCUAGAGAGGCCAUGCAAAUAGCAGGGAUAUCCAGGGCCCUUGUUCUAACCAUCAAUAAAGCACUGUGCUGCUGA